AUGAAAUAUAUUGAAGUCCCCGAGCUCGAGCGGCUCGCGCAGGCGCUGACCCACGAGGGCCCGGAAUGCUCUGUCCACACGCGGAUAGAGGCGUACAGCUGCAAGAACAUCAAGCGCGACAAGAAGCUCUUCCGCACCCUCGAGAAUGCAUACAACGAUGAGCUCUCCAACUCCCCGCCCGUCCCGUCCUUCAUCGCGCUCGACCGCGAGCCCGACAUGACCCCCUUCGGACCCAUGCAGGAGCAGCACUCCCGCAGGACCCUCUACCUCCUCAUCGCCACCCUCAAUGUCGCCUUCCCCGACCACGAGUUCUCCGACGUCCGUCCCUGGCACUUUAGUCGCGAGGAGAGCGGCGCAAGCGUCCUCAACUCCCUCAGCACCACCCUCGCAUCACCCCACCGCGCCGGCAUGCAGGCCCCGCGGACAUACUCCGCGUACCCGCCGACUUCCGCCGACUUCUUCCCCUCAUCCGUGCCCACGUCCUCCUCGCCCUCAGACUACUUCAAGCCCAGCCCCCACGCGCCAUCGAAGGCCGUGUCAGGCACGCACCCCACCCUCUACCGCAUCCUCAACGACGUCAUCGGGCUCUCCGACUGCGAGGUCUACUCGUACUCGCCCGACAUCGAGUUCGACCCGCACGCGAACGACUUCUCCGACGACGAGGACGAUUUAGCGUCCGUCGGAGACGCGGAGUCCUCUACGGAUGACGAAGAGACCACGUUCCAGUUCGACGACUACGACGUCGACGAGGUGCGCCGUCAGCCGAGCUGGCGGAGCACUGUCACCACGUCCAGCGAGGACUCCGACGACCUCCUCGCGCGCUCGAUGUCGCCUAUGCACAUCCGGAUGAAGCGCCGCGGUGCGCUGCUCUGGAGUUCGCACUGGUUCUUCCUUAACCGGAAGCUGAAGCGCAUAUUGUUUAUCUCAGUGUGGGCCCGUGCGAAGAGCAUACAGUCCUGGGUGGAUGACGAGGAGGCGUAUGGCUCCCCGGGGAAGGUCACUGGCGAGAGGUUCCUGGGCUGGGAGGGCGCCAUCGGUGCUGGGGCCCGCGCGAUGGGGCUGAGAGCCUCAAUUUAA